GCUUUUCAGUCCUCAUGUUCAUAGGUACCAUCUGGACAUUCACUUACAAACAACGCAUCCGGGACAUUAAUCGGCCAAUCGCUGUGAUUGCGGUCUUGCUAUUUGUACUCAGUACCGCGCACAUGAUCGUAGGUAUUAUUCGUCUCGAAGAUGGAAUGGUGAAGUAUGGCAGCACCUUCCGUGGCGGGCCAGUAGGGUUCUUCACAGACGUUACCCAACAAUCAUUCUUGACCAAGAAUACGAUAAUCACCUUACAAACUCUGCUUGGUGACGGAGUGGUGAUCUAUCGAUGCUAUUUCGUCUGGCAAUCUGUCUGGAUCAUCAUCCUACCAUGCAUGAUGUGGUGUGGCGUCGCAGCGUUCGGGAUUUGUAUGGUUUACGCGCAAGCACCAACUACCGAUGCUAAAAAUGUCUUCGGGAACAAGACUGGACAUUGGAUCAUGGUGUUCCUUUCCUUAACGCUUGCAACUAAUUUACUCAGUUCAGCGUUAUUGGCAUACCGCAUCUGGACGAUCGAACGCAAUGUCUCUGGAGCUUACGCCACGAAGAAUAAAAUGCCUAUAUUACGGGUGCUCGUAGAUGCCGCGCUUAUAUAUUCUGCAGCGCUCUGCGCCUCACAGGUAUGUUUCGCUCUCUCGAACAACGGGUUUUAUGUUAUAGGAGACCUGAUCGUCCCUAUCAUCUCGAUUGUCUUCUAUAUGGUGUUUAUCCGCAUCGCAAUCAGCAAGAACGUUCAGGAAUGUCUCUCGACUACUGUUUGCGGAGGGAGAAACGACUCAGACCGAAGAAUGUCGUCGAGAUAUCCUGCGCAGCCUUCGAUGGAGAUUGGGUACGAGAGGGAUGAUAUCAUUUUGACCGGCAGAGACAGCCUGAAGAUAGAUACAGCCUCAUCUACCCAAGUGUAGUUCACCGAAUUCCUUCAAACUGUAUUACUCUAUCCUUCCGCAUGAAGGACCCUGGUCUUAACUACUUUGCUUUACCAACUCAUGUAUCAGGGAUGUUGCGAAUUCAAACUACC